CUCCGGGUUUUACGACGGCGACGGCGCAGGUGCUCGCGGUCUCAUCGGUGGAGGAUGCGUUCGGAAGGACAGGAGGGGGAAGAAAGAAGGAAAAUGCUCUAGAGAAGGUUCAUAGGACAUGAAUAAGCGCGUAUUAGCCGGAAGCCGUGCGGUCGAAGGAAAUCGAAUAUGAAAGAUUUAUUGAAAGGGGCACUUUGAGCUAUUAUUUCAGGUCGGCAAUAGUACUAUGAUUUGGUAUGUGGCCACUUUGAUAGCAAGUGUAUUCAGCACCAGAGGAACGGCAGCUCAAGGUGCCCACGGUCUGCGAGAGGAGCCGCAGUUUGUGACGGCGCGGGCAGGAGACAGUGUGAUCCUGGGAUGUGAUGUGAGCCACCCGCUCAACGGCCAGCAGACGCCAUACGUGGUGGAGUGGUUCAAGUUUGGAGUGCCCAUCCCUUUCUUCAUCAACUUCCGCUUCUACCCGCCACAUGUGGACCCAGAGUAUGCUGGUCGAGCCAGUCUGCAUGGCCGCGCGUCUCUGCAGAUUGACCAGGUGCGAUCGGAGGACCAGGGCUGGUACGAAUGCCGGGUGCUCAUGCUGGAACAGCAGUAUGACACUUUCCACAACGGCAGCUGGGUUCACCUCACCGUCAACGCGCCCCCUACCUUCACGGACACGCCCCCGCAGUAUGUGGAGGUGCGGGAGGGGGGCAGCGCCACUCUGACCUGCACUGCCUACGGGAACCCCACCCCCAUCAUCACCUGGCUACGAGAGGGGCAAGAGCUCACCACCACCAAGAAAUACACGGUGAGCUUUGGGAGCCUGACGGUGCUAGCAAUCACAAGGGAUGACCGUGGAGCCUACACCUGCCGUGCUCACAGUGACCAGGGGGAGGCGCUACACACCACCAGGCUGCUGGUCCAAGGACCUCCAUAUAUCGUGUCACCACCUGAAAACAUCACUGUAAACAUUUCCCAGAAUGCCAUGUUCACAUGCCAAGCUGAGGCGUAUCCUGGCAACCUGACCUACACCUGGUUUUGGGAGGAGGAUAAUGUCUACUUCAAGAAUGAUCUGAAGCUGCGUGUGCGCAUCCUGAUUGAUGGGACUCUCAUCAUCUUCCGCGUGAAACCAGAGGAUGCUGGCACCUACACCUGCAGCCCCAGCAACAGCCUGGGCAUCUCCCCAUCGGCUUCGGCCUACCUCACCGUCCAGUAUCCUGCCCGCGUGCUAAACAUGCCGGCGGUCAUCUACGUCCCACGGAAACUACCCGGAGUCAUACGCUGCCCGGUCGAUGCCAACCCACCUGUCACGUCUGUGCGCUGGGAGAAAGAUGGUUACCCACUACGAGUGGAAAAGUACCCCGGCUGGAGUCAGGCACCUGAUGGGAAUAUUCACGUGGCAGAGGUGACGGAGGACUCGCUCGGCACCUACACCUGCGUGCCUUACAACGUGCUGGGAACCAUGGGCCCGUCGCCCCCAGCCACACUGGUGCUAAAGGAUCCCCCUUACUUUAAUGUGCGGCCCGGGGGCGAGUACCGUCAGGAGGCUGGUAGAGAGCUGGUCAUCCCCUGUGCUGCUUCUGGAGACCCGGAGAUCCCCACCAUCGCCUGGAGGAAGGUGGGGAAGCCCAGCCGGAGCAAGCACAACGUGCUCCCGAGUGGCAGUCUGCAGUUUGUGUCCCUGGGCAAGGAGGACCACGGAGAGUGGGAGUGUGUGGCCACCAACGUGGUGACCAGCAUCACGGCCAGCACACGGAUCAUCGUCAUCGGUACGAGUCCACAUGCCCCGUCCAAUAUCCACGUGAACGCCAUGAUGACGUCGGCGAACGUAUCGUGGGAGCCUGGCUACGACGGUGGCUUUGAGCAGACUUUCUCCGUCUGGUACGGCCCUGUGGUGAAGCGGGUGGACUUCGGACCCCAUGACUGGCUGUCGAUGCCCGUGCCAGGCACCCAGACGUGGCUGCUGGUUACAGGCCUGGAGGCCCGGACGGCGUACCAGUUCAGUGUGCUGGCACAGAACAAGCUGGGCACUGGCCCCUUCAGUGAGGUGGUCACUGUUAACACCGUAGUCUAUCCCUUAAGUACGCCUGAACCACUGGUGCUUCUUACACCACCACGGUGCCUCACAGCCAACCGCACACAGCAGGGCGUACUCCUCUCCUGGCUCCCACCGGCCAAUCACACCUCCCCCAUCGACCGCUACGUCAUCGAGUUCCGUUUGGGCGAGAGGUGGGAGGUGCUUGAUGACCUCAUCCCCGCUGCCGAGACCGAGAUCAUGGCCAGAGACUUGGUCCAGGACGCCUGGUAUGAGUUUCGUGCGCUGGCUGUCAUGGAUGAACUCAUCAGUGAGAGCAGUAAUGUAGUCGGAGUGUCGAGUACAGACCCCUUCCCCCCCACGGAGAUGGCGGAUGAGAGCCUGGCGCGUCCAGUGGUGGCGGGCAUCGUGGCGACCAUCUGCUUCCUGGCGGCCGCCGUCCUCUUCAGCACGCUGGCCGCCUGCUUCGUCAACAAGCAGCACCGACGCAAGCUCAAGCGCAAGAGAGAUCCUCCCUUAUCAAUCACCCACACCAGGAAGAGCAUCGAGACACCGCCUCCUCUGUCCCCUCUGCCUGGCAUUGAGCCCUACUGGGAAGAGCCAGACAGGAGCAGCCUCAGGGCCCCUUCCGCCAGCCCCCAGCUCUCUUCGGGGAAGAUCAGUCCAGAGAGCAUCCCCUCCUCACGCCCCCCCUCUCUGGCCAGCAUGGGCCCUCCCGGCCUCUACGUGAAGCAUCUGCCCAGCCCUAAGAAGGAGAAGGAGCUGUCCCUCUACAAGAAAACCAAGCGAGCAAUAACCAGCAAGAAGUACAGCGUGUCCAAGCAUGAGGCCGAGGUGACCACACCCAUCGAGCUGAUCAGCCGUGGCCCCGACGGCCGCUUUGUCAUGGAUAUGGAGACCGAGGCCUCUCUCCGCACGCGCCGCAUCCAGGGCUUCCCCUUCGUGGAGGAGUCGGACCUGUACCCCGAGUUCCGACAGUCAGACGAGGAGAACGACGAGCCAGGGCCCCUGCCCCCCGUCAUGGCCACCCUGAGGCCCCAGAUCUCCCCCGUGUCCUCCAGCCAGGAGUCCUACUCGCAGCCCCCCGCCUACAGCCCCCGCCUGGCCCACCGGCCGCUGGAAGGUAUGAGCAUCUACGAGAGUAGCGGCCUCCAGGCCACCGGCCAGAGCCGCGUCUCUCACUUCCACAGGCUCUUCCCUCACGGGCCCUUCUACGGUUACCUAGGUAGCGGAGUGGGCGUUGGCAUCAGCGGAGAGGCAGAGCUGCAGCCGCCCUUCUACCUGCCGGAAACCAGCUCGCGUAGCUCGGUGGCCUCCUCCACGCCGCCACCAGAGGGCGCCUAUGCGCAUCCCCGCCUCUCCCUGGGGGACGGGCGAGACCUGCGGGGCCACCCCCACUACUCCUCAGGCCACGCCCUCCCCCUCAGCCCCUCCCCAGGCCCGCGCUCCCCAGAGCUCUGGCCGCCUCCUGACUUCCCCUUCCUAAGCCAGGAGGGGGCACGCCUGCUCCUGCCCCCCCACCACCGAGCCCUGCCCCCCGACCUGCCCCCCUACCCACCUCCCCCUCUAGGUGCUCCCCCCUUCUCCUCCCUGCAGCUCCCCUCUGCCUUCCUGCAGCUGGAGGCUCCUAAAGCGCCCCUUGGUGGCCGCUCCCCAACCCAGCCCCCCCUUCAGGGUCCCCCGAUCCGGCAUGUAACUAUGCAACAGGCAGCGAGUAUGGGCACGCUCCGACACACGUCGCAUGGCGUGGCCGUGCCUGUGCUGCCGUACGCUGGCAUGCGAUUGGGCAGCCCCAGCACGCUGCGCAGCGACAGCCCUGAUACCUGGCGUCCGGAGGCGGAGCCCUGGCUGAGCCCGCGGGCGGCCCGUCGUGCUGACUCCGGCCAGCAGGUGGUGCUGCAGCCCUCACGCCUCUCGCCCCUAACCCAGAGCCCCCCCAGCUCCCACGCAGGCUCCCCCGACAUCCUGGUGAGGCCCCCGCCCCCUCGGCCCAGCAUCCUGCGUCCCUCGCACUCGCAGGAGAUGCCCGAGACGGCGCCGCGCCACCCUCCUCUGACACGUGUCAGCUUCUCGCAAGGCUCCUCCCCUGCCUCCUCCCCCACGCAGGGCUCGGCUCACGGCCACGCACGGCGCCCCAGCCCUUCUUACCACGCCCAGAUGGCCUACGCCACGGCCUCAACCAGCUAUCCCUCCCAGUCCCCCUCGCAAUCGCCCUCCCCGCCCCCCCUUGGCGCCCAGGGCCCCCCCCAGCCGAGGACGGACGAUGAGAGGCAGCCCUCCGAGCCGUCUGCGCUCCAGCUGGCCUCUGCAGGGGAGCCCGUAGGGGCUGAGGCCAUGCAUGUCGGGUCUGAGAGGUCCCAAACUCUGCUUUACCCCCCGGGCAAGACCGGCUCCAAGGAAGGCGUCAAUAACAACAACAACUCCAGACCCCGGAGGAAAACAGAUGUGAGUAGCUCUCAGACCCAGCAGUCGUGUGUGUCUGAGGCCCCUGUGCAGGAGACCCCGCCUGCGGACCCCAGCUGCCCAGAGGAAAAGAGGCCGAGGGGGGCGAGGAUGAGGAGUGCCCUGGCGCUGUGGGAGAAGAGGAAGGCCCCCUGUCGGCAGCUCUCGGCCCUGCUGCCCCUGUCCCUGCCCCGGCCGCGGCCCCCUCCACAACAGCCCCCCGAGGAGCGCAAGGCCCUGCUGGCCAGCAUGGACCCCCACCGGCCCGACUACGGAGCCCUGCUCUGAGCACGACCAGCACUCCACCGGAGCCGGACCUGAGCCGAACUGAACCGACCCAUCCCCACCCGACGCCACCGCCCCGGACUCACACUCUGGAGUGACGCCAACGCCCUCUGCCACCCAGUGAUACCACCAGGGCUCCACCUGAUCAGAGUCCACAGUCACUGAGAUGAGAUGUGUGUGAGUGUGUGAGAGAGUGUGUGUGUGUGCGUGUGUGUGUGUGUGUGUUUGUGAAAGAGACUAAAAACUUUAGGGAGGGACAGUACUGACCAGUGACAAGACAGUGUUAACCGGCGGUAGCAGAUGGCGUGUGUGAGUUUGUGUGUGUGUGUGUGUGUGUGUGUGUGUGUGUGUGUGUGAUGUGUCGUCAGUCACCUGUGGGAGGGGAAGGGGGAGGUUCCGCUCUGCAGUCCCUGAGGGGCCGAUCCACAGGGCUGGGGGCCAUGACGAUGUUUGACUUUAGUCCAGAUUAAAAUAGAUAGUCCAACAAUGCACAUUCGGUUAGGCCCAGGGACCUGACACCUAAUUGGGUUGUAGAAUAUGUCAACAUUUCGCAGAGGUCACAAACGUUAGUGCUCUGUGUGUAAGUAUGUAAGUGUAAAAGCACCCUUUGAACCCCAGUCCUUCACACGAGCGGCUACUGCCUCUGUGUUCUGCUCCGCAUCUCUGACGUCACAAUUAGAGCGUGUAGCUCACACACACACUCUUUGCUCUGACAGUGUGGAGCUCACACUCGCCCAAUUGCUGUCACUCACACACACACACACACACGCACGCGCGCGGACCCAGACGGGUCGGACCGUGGCUCGGCUGCCAUGUUGAGCACCGUGAGUGUGUGUGUGUGUGUAGGCCUGGUAAUCUCCUCCACAGCCUGCAUCCUCCAGAGCCUAAAAGGCUUGUUGUGUGUCUGUGUGUGAGUGUGCGGUGCUGACAUCUGGCCUAAGCUCUUUCUGGCUUUAGAGGGUUUCCCAUCAUUAGAACUCUCACAAACUCACUGUUUCAAAUGCACUUAACAAAUUACUUUUUUUACUGAGUAGAACUACUUUUGGUGCAUACAAUAUCUCCUGCCAAAUCUGUACUGUCUUUUUAUAGGCCAAACACAGGCUUUCUUUGGCCUUCUGCUGGCAGUGCAGUAUAUCCGUAGAGAGGUGUGUGGUGCCCCCAUCUGGACAGAGGUGGCACUGCAAUGGGGGAUGACCCACAGGUACCAAACAUCCACCAGUCAGGGUUCAAAGGGGAGACUGAGUGAGCAGCAGAGUGGUCAGUGAAGACCAGGGCGUCUAAAACAUUUAUACUGCGUCCCUAAAAGAUAUCUAACACAGGGUUCUGUCUUUCUACAAAAUAUACCUCAAAAUAUUGAAAAAUUAGGCACAUAUGUUUAAACUAAUACACUGUUUUGCUUUGGUAUAUUUUAUUUACAUUUAUUUUAUAGAUUUGACGUCAUUGCCUUCAGAAUAGUAUAACUCUAUCCAAACCCAUUCGAUUGAAACGACACACAACUACGGUAACGAUGGGUCCUCAGCGCGAUGUUCUAUAGGAACCAUCUGCUGAAGCAAAGCACAGUGUUCUGUCCAGAGAGAGAACGUGAGGCCCGGGGCCUGCCGAGUACCACUCACACACACACGCACGCCUCACACACUCUCGCUGCUGCUCCUGCUGGCUUGGGAGGGGCAGACAGCCCGGCUCUAAUGGCUGGAUGGGCCGUCUUGGCCAACCACAGCCACCAUCUUGAUAGCUGCCUCGUCCACAAAGAGGCGUCCAGCCACAGCAUCCAGAGCACAGUCUAGUGAACAGGCCGUCCACUGAACUCAACACACACACACCCACACACACACACACACAGACACUCACACACACACACAGAUGUACACAUGGAUAUACACACACACACACACACACACACACACACACACACACACAGACACUCACACACACACACACACACACUCACACACACACACACACACACACACUCACAGGCCGUACAGUAAACUCUGCUCUCUCCCUUUCUUUUAUGUGAAAUAGAACCCAAACUCUCGAGGGGUCCUGAACUCAAUGCAACGUAUCUAGUCUGACAUUAGGUGAACCAAGGCACACUCCUUCCACCGGCCACGCAGGCCUUCAUCCACUGCCUCUGUGUAGUGAGGUUACUGCCUUUUCCUGGUUUGCUUUCUAGACGUCUCAGGCUGCGUCCGGAGAAGCAGUCAGUGGUUUCUCUUUUUCUUUGAGAAAUCCGAGGGAUGUUCAUUCUAAAGCUAAAGAAAAAUGUGAAUAGCAUAAAAAAAAAAUCCUAUUUUUGUCAGGAAAACUUGUGUCUAGACAUUUUUUUUUUUUUUGGAUUUUCUCUUUCUUUUCAUUUCAUGAUGAUAAUGAAAGUUGCCAGGGUCACCUCAAAAGUAAUGCUCAAUAAUUCUCUCUUUGACUAUUGCAAUUCAAACUGGUGCUUCAUCAACGAUGACUGUUUCCUCUGCCAGAUCUCGCACUCAGUGCCUCUACCCUACUCCUGUGCUGCUGGCCACCUGGUGGCGCACUGGAGCCGCCACACGCCACGCCGCCCCACAUGCCACGCCGCAUUAUAGCGUAGCGUGAGCGUGUCGAGGCGUGAUGGGACGAGUGGAUGGACGGGAGAGCCGUGCAGACCUGGGCAGGGUAGACCUAACUCCUCCACGCUAUACCAUUACUUCUGAGAGGGACUCUGUGUAGCCAUUCUUAGAUGUGCUGAUACUGGUAUCAUUUCAACUGUAAAAUGUAAUACUGAAUCAUUGGAAUGAUUCGUCCACUGUUUCAUAGAGAUAAUCAAAUAUAAAUCAAAAAUUGUGUUGUAUUGGAUGAAUAAACAUAAAAUGUACAGUUGCUAUCAUAGAGACAAUGAAAACAAUUAUGUUUGCCAGUGACAAAAUGUUGAUGUUUCAGAAAAAAAAAAUCAACCUCUUUGCUGAGCAACAGUUUAAAACUGCAAGUGCUAUUGUUAAUUUGCUUUCUUGUCCAAGAACAGCUAAUCUGUGUUUGCCCAUGUAUAUGACCUUAGAUCACCACAAAAGAGUUUUAUACUUUAACUUUACCAUCAAUUAAUCUCAUUAUGUGACAAUUAAUACGUUGGUGGGGUCAACUUACAACACAACCUGAAAUAAGGUAUUACUGAGUCGCUAACUCACUAACUGUUGCUCUGCUAGCUACGUCUGUAUGUGUGUGUGUGUGUGUGUGUGUGUAUAUAUAUAUAUAUAUAUGUGUGCGUGUGUUGAUUUUAUCUUACUCUAACCGAUCAUGAAUGUAUGCUUUGAUUGAGGGAAAGUGAUUUUUUUCUGAUUUCUUAAAGUUAGCUAGUCUUUGAGAGACGCAGCCUUGUUAGAGCACUAGCGGGUCUGCCUUUGUUGUAACUAGGGCAUUAAAUAGUGUUUGAGAAUGCACACUACACACACACACACACACACACACACACACACACACACACGUCUGGUGCUGUGGGGAAGUUCUGAGAGGGUGGCGGAGGCCUGUAGCGCCUGAGAGUAAGGUGUGUGUGUGAAAGGAACAAAGAAGUGUAAAGUCUGACGUAUUAACUCCUACACCCCCCUCCAGUGCGCAGGAUGACCGCCUCACCCUGUCCAAUACUGGAGCUUUCCACAGACAGAGAAUGUGUGGCUGUGUGAACUACAAGUGCUUUAUGUCAAACGAAGAAACAAACACUUUUCGAUGUAAAUCCGUAUUGCCCGAUUCACUGCUGGUCUGCGGUUCUGUUGCGAUUUUUUAGACUUCUUAUUUGUGAAGCUGUGCCCCCCCACCACCACCACUACUACUACUUAAUGAUCACUUUUGCUAGCAAGCUCUGAAGCUAUCUCUGUCAGCACAGUACAGUACCUGUAAGCUAUUGUCAUUUGGCCAAUAGACCGCACAAGUCCAGUCUUUUUCUCUCUCUCUAAUGUAUCAAUGUCUUAAAGCUGCUGUCCGCGUUGGGCCCUAAAUCUGGGCUUGUUGGUUUCCGGCCUGGCCUGGCCGGGUCCGGUCCGCUUGCCUUUAGUGUGUGAGAGUCAGUGGACAAGAGGGCAGAUGGAGUAGGUGGUGGGAGUGAGGUCCCAGGGCUCGAGUGGGAUCGGCAGACCAUGUUUACAUUAGUUAGGUAUCAUAUGUUAGGGCAUACAGUAUCUAGGAGCGUCGUGUGUGCAUAAUGACUUGGUGCUAUGUCUUCUUGAUCUUUCGUGGUGCUGUAGAGAAGAGGGGCGACUCGUGCGGUCAGCUCGUUCACGCAGCGCGCUCUCUGCACGUCGUGUCUCUCUAACGGGGAAAAACCCACCUAGCCCCCCCCCCCUCCCCCUCCCCCAUUGUCCACGUGCCCUAGGCCUCGUAGUGAGUAGGGAUGCAAGCAAUAAAACCCAUUCUGACCAGAUCACGCCACGGAGAGCCGCAAGAGAGAAGUGAAAAGGCAUGGUGCGCUAACUCAACUUUUUUUUGUUUUUUGGACUGUUUUUGCAGAAGACAAAAAAUAACAGUGUCAGAGAGCUGAGUGAUUUGUAAAUUCAGUAGUGGGGGAGAAGUGUGAACUAAAGCUUGGCGUGUACUGGGGAAUUUCUUAUACUGCUUUAACUGUUUGUCUUAGUCUAGCCUGCCCCUCUGGCGCAAGGUAGAUGGCUUGAGGGUCUCUCUCACCUCUCGGCCUCACAGCAUGUUCAGGAGGAAAAGAGAAAAAAAAAACAGAGGUCAACUUUUUUAAAAACUUGUUUUUUUUUAUGAUUUUGAUGUUGUUUUUUGUUUUGUUUAUAAUAGCACUGUUUACAAACACCAAUGUAAAUCUCAUCAUCAGUUUUCAGACGUGACAAGAUGAUCCUUCACUGGGUGCCAGUGUUUAGCUGCGCAUUCAGACAAAUAUUCCUCAAAUGGCUGUUGCUGUUGUCAUUUUACUGAUUUCUCCUGUGUGUGUGUGGGUGUGAGGAGAGAAGCGUGUGUCUGCUAAUAUCAUCUAGGAUGUUCUAGACAUAUGUAGUCUUCCUGUCUUUUGCUUCUAUUUGAGAAAUGACUAACUUCAGAGGGCUCAUCUUGACUGAUUGUGUGUGCGUACAUGCGUGCGUGUGGGGGUGUGUGUUUGAUUGCUUCACCUGUCGACGCUCUUGUGUCAUGCGCCCAGACACUGACUCAUUCGUCCUGAGCUGCAGGGGCCGCAGCUCCAUGUUGUUUUAACUCAUGCGCUUGGACCAGCACACAAAUGGUAGAAUGUAAAGUUAUUAUUAUUAUGCACUAUUCCUGACUGUCUUACCGCACAGCCUCAUUCAGAGAAAUAGUGCUUCUGUCUCAUGCAGCUCCGCGGCGCUCCAUUCAGCUACGCUGUGCAGUACUGUGCUUGUUUACAUGUCGCGUCACGUCCAGUCACGCAGCUUUCUGUUGUUUUUGUUUACGCUGGCACCCAUCCCAUGGUUUUAUAUUUUACAAACAUCACGCAAGUCCCAUGCAACGUGGAUGAGACUGUUCCAGCGUUUGCAAAGAACCCCCCCCAAACCCCUCCACAACCCCCAGAGCACAUCUUUUAACCUCCUUAGCCAGAUCUUGGUUGGAUGAUGAGAUCUGUUCCCCCUCGGGUCAGUGAAUUGGUCUUUAAUUCCAGGUGUUUAUCUGGACACUGAGCACAUGGUGCUGAACCCAAAGCCUUUGUGAGGAUUUAAACCACUCUGAGCUCUGAGGUGGUGCUCUUCUGCUUGGUUGCACUGGCAGCAGGAACGCUGUUUGUUUGUUUGUGUGUGUGUUCUGGAUGGUUGCUGAUGCUGGGGCGUGUCUGGUCUGAAUCUGGUGGAUGUUUGUCUGUUUGACCCUGUGUUACAUCAGAGCCAGAAUCACUCCAGAGUCAGAAACCAUCAGAGCUGCCUCAAUAGGUGAGUGUGUGUGUUUGUGCAUGUGUGUGAGUGUGUGUCUGUGAGCAUGAAAGUGUUAGGGAAACUAUCUUUAAACCGAUGCUCUAGUGUGUCCCUUGUGACAGCAGAACCAUUGACCUUCUCAGAUGGAUGAAAGGGUGUGUGUACUGCAAGAUCAAGUUCCAGGUGCUGCUUUCUAUCUGUCCGCUUGUGUGUGUGUGUGUGUGUGUGAAGGGCAGCGGUAGCCGUGGAAUAUUUAGGGUCCCGUUAGAUGGGUGGAGCCACCCCCCACCACUAGUCCCACAUCAUGGCACGGACAUCUCUGCUCAGCUUUACCGUUUACAUCUCCAGGCACCCACACACA